CGGAUAGACAACAAACAUCAAUAUUAAGACUUUCCAAAGACAUAGCCAGCCCUAUCUGUUGUCCGACCUGCAUAAGUGUGCGAACGUUGAAGGCAGCCAGUUUGAAUGGUGCACGUGGUUUCAGAAAAACUGCUUCAGUUCUCGUAUUCGGUGGUAACAUACAAUUUUCAACCGGACAGUGACUCGAGAACGUUUAGAUACAGUCGGAUUUCCACCAAAGACGAGCGGCUGUAUAAGUAUAAAAGGGUGAAUAAUGUGGAAAAUAAUAAUAAUAAUAACAAUAAUAAUGACAAUAACAGUAAUAAUAAUAAUGUUAUUAGUAAUGACAAUAAUUGUAAUGAUAAUAAUUUGAAUCAAUUGAUUGUUUUUCGGAGCGAGAAAAGUAAUUUCCAUAGACAUAAAGAGUUCGUCAUUUGUGUGUGGGCUGUGAUACUGCCCGGGUGCCCAAACCGAAGCAGGUGGUUAUCUUAGGGGCCACACCCUGAGCCUUUGACCUAAAGGUCUAACCCACAAGGCAGUGGAGCAUCGUAAGGAGAUGCAAUCCCAUGGUAGCCGGUGACCAACGAUUGGUUCAUACGCCAUUUGUUCCCGCAGGAUACUGGAGCCCAUGUGCACCAUUGGUUUGUGAUCCGGUUAAAGCGCCGGACAUUCGCUUUUCGUCCUCUCAUUUUCGUAAACAUCACCCCCGCCACGAGAAGGCAAUGAGUAGGACUUCCCUGGCAGAGGCUGUAUACGCGCGGCCGUGUGAGAGUAUUUCGAGAGGGAGAGCGGACUCUCCCCACUCUCGGCCGUACCAGGGCAUUCGGGGGCAUAUGCAGGAAUACUCGACGUCGAUCAAAAUAUAGAUAUGAGCGGUUUGUGAUCUGUUUGAAGGGCGAAUUGACGACGAUAAAUCAUUUUAUGGAAUUUAUUCACUGCAAAAAAUAAAGCUAGUUCUUUCUCAAUCUGACUGUUUUUUCGUUCAGCUGGGUUAAGAGUUCGGGAUAUAUGAGCAAUUGGUUUUUGUUUACCACCAGGUAGACGAUGACUAAUGACAGCUCCGAUCCCAUAGUUGGAAGCAUCAGCGGUCAUAAUUGUUUUAACCUUUGGAUUGUAAUGGGUCAGCAUCAGUUCAGAAGAUUAAAUGGCGAGACUAAUUUAAGGACGACCUUUGAACGAAUCUUAAAUGACCUUGACAAUUAUUAGCCAAUCAGAAGAAAGUUAGUAUAAAGUGAAAAUAUAUAAAAGUAAUGAAUUACAGUGGAUAUUCUCCUUUUACAUGAUUUAAAAACUUGUUAAAGUUUGAUUAAGGUCCAGAGGUUCUGAAUUCACGAUGCAUAUGGAAUAGAAACUUGUCCAUUGGGUUAGGGUUACGUUAACGGGUAAGGUUAGGGUUAGUUGAGGGUUAAGGUUUAGGGUUAGGGUUAGAGUUUAGGGUUUAGGUUAGGGUUAAGGUUAGGGUUAGUUGAGGGUUAAGGUUUAGGGUUAGGGUUAGGUGAGGGUUAGGAUGCUAACAUACGAGUCUUUAAAUCAUGUAAAAGAAGAAUAUCCACUGUAAUUCAUUACUUUCUUUUAAUAUAUUUUUACUUUAUGCUGUUUUCUUAUUGACUAAUAAUUGAAAUUGCUCAAACGCUUCUGAUUGGCUCGUCCCUAAAUUAAAGACUUGACGUCCCAUCUAUUGUAACCUCUCAUUAAUCACCUACUCUUUAAAAUCCGCUGUGAACCGAUCGUAUGUGAGCAACGCGUGUUGAACUUGGCUCCGUGACCUUGAAAUUGCUCAAACACUUCUGAUUGGCUCGUCCCUAAAUUAGGGUCUCGCCGAUUAAAUUCUUUUUAUUUCGUCGCAAGAAUCUUGACAUUCCUUUGUUCAGUGUCAUGUUGCAUUAGCCAUCAAAGGUUGGUUUAGUGGGUGUCACAAUCUAUACAUGUAGGGUAUGGACACACUAUAAUAUACAAUCAUCCCCAUAAAUGAGCGAAUGGUUGUAACAUCAGUCUUUCUGGGCAUGUUUUGAUAAGAUUUAUAUUAUCUGGAUCUGGUCGACGACCAUCCUUAUCAAACAUGUAUCCAAGGUAUCUAAGAGACUCGAGUAGGAAUUCACUUCUCUUUUUGUACCCGAAAAUCCAUUUGUGAUAUUUUAGUAAGUACAGCAUCUAACCGGACCAGUAGUUCCUAAGCAGAAGAACCAACAACUAUAAUAUCAUCCAAAUAAUCUGCUGCACCUUUGAGGUUAGGCAUCAAAGUAUCAACUAUCUGCUGGGAAAUUGCUGGAGCUGGCUUUACACCUGACGGUAAUCGCUUAAAAUGAUAGAGUCCACGGUGGGCAUUAAUGGUUCAUAACUCCUUUGAAUCUUUGUCAAUUUCCACUUGUAUGCAGACCGACUGAUGUUACAACCCUUCGUUCAGAACAGCAAACUAGCUAUUGAUGCGUCCCAGCCCCACUAAUUAGAGGGAGAAGUCCAAGCUUGGAAUGGGGAAGUAUAAUCUGCAAACAGCCAUAAACGAGCGAUAACAACAAACACAAUUCAAAACGUAUAUAUACAGUACAGAACCGUCCUUGGAGAGAGUUACCAAAUAGCAUACUAAAAGACGCAACGGACUAAUAGCAUUUACGAAACUUCCCAGUGGGAAAUACGACAUGAAGGUGCCAAGAGCGCCUUUGGCGCGAAAACAAAGAAAUUCGAAUUUUCUAAAUAACAUUAUAAAAUUAGGUCCUUUCCCAAGUGAGUUCUAGGGAUCUAAUGUCCCCAACACUUUCCCACGAUACUUACUAUACCGAAUUAUUCAUUGUCCAUUAUCCACCUUUCAUAGAAUCAAUCAAUCAAGGUGCGUCAGUGAAAACUUCUUCGGUCUAUGUCUAUUGGUAUUAACGCGAAUGAUGAAUCGAGCACAUAAUGCAUUCGUGUCUCUCCAUACCUUCACUCACAAAGUCAAUCAACUGAACACUGUGUUGUAACUGUUUUCCAAGUGCUUCCAUGUCAACUGUAACAUUCUGUCAGUUGUCGGUCGAUUGAACAGAUUGUUCCAGAUUUCAUAUGCAACCAGUAAUAUGAUUUGUUGUUUGGAUUGUGUGUUGAGGACAUCACAACGAAUUCAUACUGGACAGCAUUCACUGGGAUAAAUUAACCAUCAAUUAGCCAGUCAGUCAGCCAUCCGACCUACCGACCGACCAAACGACACACCAACAACACCAAACCAUACAACAAACGAAUCAGCAGAACAAGUAAACAAGCAGACAAACAACUAGCGUGCUAUGCAGAGAUUGAAAGAAGUAAACAGCCGUCACUCGACAUUGACGACACUGACCAGUGUACACACAAUGCACAGAACGAAAGAAGUGGCAGUACUUAACCAUCUUGUCAUCAUUAUCGGCUCAAUUGGUCAACUGACAACACCAAUACCGGGAUAUGUGUGCACUUGUGCAGCUGCCUCACGCAAGCACGCACACACAGGAAUGUUGGAACAAGGUUCGAGAAGUUGUAAAUCAUAUUGUUAUGUCCUAGUGUCGAUUAAAUUACGGGUAACUCCUGAGAACGAAUAAUGGACUAAUAUGAUACGUAUAUUCUUAUCGUAUAACCAUUCUGUAACUUGAUUAUGCAUUUCUAUUUUCCUCUCAUCAUUAGGUUCUUUUUGACUUAUAAAUUAUUAUGAUCUUAUCUAAUAGUCUUAAAUUAUACUCAGUUUAUUUACAAUCUCUCACGGUUACAGCCACUUUUGGGCUUGAAAUUGUAUAAAUGUUAUUUCCUAUUUUACGGUGUGAUAUGUUUCGUUUGGCUUGUAUAUAAUCCAGGUAUGUUUGAAAUAAAGGAUUCGUAUAGGGUAAGGUGGUAUUGGUGUUCUGGACACAACUGGCAAGGCUAGGAGGAAUAGGAUCAAUAAGUACUCUAGGCUGCUCAUACCGGUCGAUACGUCAUUGGUUUCGGACAAUGCUAAAAUUGUCUAAGUCGUAUUCCGAUUGGCGGAUAAGUCACGUGAUAAUUAGCCGGGCUCAAAAGUCACAAAAUUUGGUGAUGGAGGUUCGCGAAGAAAGAAACUCUUCGGUGACGUGGAUUUCGGGAAGAAAUAAGAUAUAAUAAUAACCGGUGAUUUUUGGAGUUUGUAUUAACAUUAGCUGUCAUUAUUACAGCAGCAGCAAAAUGUAUUAGUUUCCCAAC